AUGAGGCUCUUUUCAAUUGCGGCCGCCGUCCUCUCCUUGGCUUCAGCAGCUGUCUGCGCGGAGAAGGGCAACCUGACGACACCACUCACAUCCCGAGUCGUCCUGCCUGCGAACUUCAAGCCCCCACAAGUGUUUAAGAACGCAAACUUGGUGCAUAUCGUCAACUUAGAGAGGGGGUACCCAAGGGAAUUGAUUAACGUGGUCAUUGAGAAUAUCGCCAGCACGCCUCAGGAUGAGUACUUCAUCCCGUUUACGUCGCAGCAGAUGGAGACAAUUGGAGGAUUGGAGGUGAAGGACAAGAAGGAUGCAGAUGGGAGGUUAUUUGAAGUUGAAGCUGUCGAAUUUGACCCACAAAGUGACACACAGUUCUACCGCGUCCGUCUUCCGAAAGCUCUCGCACCUAAAGCUCAGCAAACAUUGGCCAUCUCGUACUCUUUCUUAUCCAGUUUACGGCCUCUCCCGUCAAGAAUUGAGCAACAAGAGAACCAGUUCCUUGUCUACACCUUCUCCGCCUAUUGCCCUUCGUCGUACGUCACAUCAAAGCAAAAGACAGAAGUCAAGUUUGGUACCGCAAAUAUCCCUGAAUAUACCAUCAUCCCAGGAGGAAAGGGGGAGCCGGAAUCACCCCAGAAGCAGGGCACGAAAUUCACAUAUGGCCCAUUUGGCGAGGUACCAGCCGGGGCCUUGGAACCUGUCAGAGUGCGGUAUGAAUUUACAAAGCCUCUCAUUCAUGUCUCACGCCUCGAGCGAGAUAUCGAAGUCAGCCAUUGGGGCGGGAACAUUGCCUUUGAAGAGCGCUAUACUAUGCACAACCGAGCCGCAAACCUCACCAAGCAGUUCUCACGCUUGCAAUGGGCUCAGCAGCAAUACUACAACCCCCCUACCACAGCGAUCCGAGAACUCAAGUUCCCCUUGAAGGUUGGAAGUCUGACGCCCUAUUUCACGGACGUGAUUGGGAAUGUGUCAACCUCUCGAUUCAGGAGCAAUAAGAGGGAAGCCAGCCUCGAGAUCAAACCACGAUACCCUAUCUUCGGAGGGUGGAAUUACCCCUUCCGUAUCGGAUGGGAUGCCGAUCUCAAGAACUUCCUCAGGAAGUUAAAUGGCGGCGAUAGCUAUGUGCUCAAGGUUCCAUUCCUCGAAGGCCCCAAACAGCCCGAGGGCCUAGAAUACGAGCACAUCGAGCUCCGCAUCAUCCUCCCGGAAGGAGCCGAGAACGUCAAAUACAGCACGACGAUGCCACACAUCAGUUCCUCGCUCGGCCUGCACAAAACCUUCAUGGACACGCUGGGCCGCACCACGCUCACGCUGCACGCCCACAACAUCGUCGAUGACCUGCGCGACCGCGACGUCAUCGUCACCUACGACUACCCGUUCCUCGCGGGCCUGCGCAAGCCGCUGGUCAUCUUCGGCGGGGUGCUUAGCUGCUUCGUGGCUGCGUGGGCCGUCGGCUGCUUGGAUGUGGGCAUUAGAGGGAAGCGCUCGUGA